CCUGCGCACUGGGAGGAAAGUGGGCUCGUGCUCUACUCGCGCGCUAGAGGUCCGUCUCUCCGCGCGCCUAGCUCGCUUCGUUUCUGAGCCGCGCCAUGGAGGAGGCUGAGACGGACGCCACGGGGAACCCUCGCGCCUCCGAGGCUGAGCUAGACUCAGCCAUUCCACCUCCGCCUCCCAUCUCUCCGCCCGCCCUCACGCCGGCGCCCGCGGCCGGUGAGGAGGGCCCGGCGUUUCUGCCGGAGGCGGGCGCUCCGGGCUGCUCCCGAUCUCGGCCCCCGGAGUUGGAGCCCGAGCGCAGUCUGGGUCGCUUGAGAGGCCGCUUCGAGGACUACGACGAGGAGUUGGAAGAGGAUGAGGAGAUGGAGGAGGAAGAGGAGGAGGAGGAAGAGAUGAGCCACUUCUCGCUGCGACUGGAGACCGGGCGGCCGGACUCCGAGGACGAGGAAGAGCGCCUGGUUAACCUUGCUGAACUGACCCCAUACAUCUUGUGUUCCAUUUGCAAAGGUUACUUAAUAGAUGCGACGACCAUCACAGAAUGUCUUCAUACCUUUUGUAAAAGCUGCAUUGUAAGACAUUUUUACUAUAGCAACAGAUGCCCAAAAUGCAACAUAGUUGUCCACCAGACACAGCCUCUUUAUAAUAUAAGGUUGGACCGACAAUUACAAGACAUAGUAUACAAAUUAGUCGUCAAUCUAGAGGAAAGAGAAAAAAAGCAGAUGCAUGAUUUCUAUAAGGAAAGAGGUCUAGAAGUACCUAAACCUGCUGCUCCACAGCCAGUCCCUUCCAGCAGAGGAAGAACUAAGAAAGUCCUGGAGUCGGUCUUUCGCAUCCCGCCUGAACUUGAUAUGUCAUUAUUACUUGAGUUCAUUGGUGCUAAUGAAGACACGGGACACUUUAAGCCAUUGGAAAAGAAGUUUGUGCGUGUUUCAGGAGAAGCAACUAUUGGGCAUGUAGAAAAAUUUCUUAGAAGAAAAAUGGGUCUUGAUCCAGCUUGUCAGGUAGAUAUCAUCUGCGGCGAUCACUUACUGGAACGGUACCAAACUCUACGGGAAAUCCGACGUGCAAUAGGUGAUGCAGCAAUGCAGGAUGGUCUGCUUGUUCUUCAUUAUGGUCUUGUGGUUUCUCCUUUGAAAAUAACUUGAAGAUACAAGGGUAUAUGAGGAAGGAAACAGAGUGAGGAGGCUUCUGCAGGUCUGCAUUACACCAAAGAUUCUCACGAAACAUGUAGCCACCACUACUUUAUGCUGUUCUGAGCUAGCUUCUGUUUUCAGCACCAGAACCCUAGCAUUGUAUGUACAACUUGAAACAGUAGAAUGUAUCUGCUACACUAGAGACUAUGUAAAAAAACAAAAACAAAAAAAACCUCAAAACUCAGGGGAAAAAAAUCUGAAAACACUGAAUUUUAAAAUUCCUUGUGAUUCCAAAUAGAAGGAAGUUGCUGGUUGCUUCCCAUCUUCGAGGUAGGAGUCUGCCCUGCAGGCUGCGUGGGCUGCAGGUGUCCUUGCAGGACAGCUUUGCUUUUUAAGCUGCAGGGCAUACUCAGCACCAAAUCUGCUAGGCACUUACACGUUCCUAUCUGCUCUGAACUUGAUCCUACUAAAGCAGUGUUACUCAGCUCUGCUACUGGAGACACUGUCUCCUGUUAGAUAUGGCUCUUUUUCAAUAAGAGGUGCUUCUUGUGAUGGGUAAUUUGCAUAUAUCAGUGCCACUGGACAGGUGUUACAAGGUACUCUCAGUAUGGCUGUUGAUAAAUGGCACUGCUUCUAACAGUAGCAAAAAAAAAUCCAGGUGAAUUACCAGAAGUUUACAGAAUCCUUAUUGUUUCCUCAGUCCCAGCUUAACUGGUUCUGUGUUUAAUGUUUGUUUUCUUGUCACUGGGGUAAAGAAUCAGUCUUUGAGGACCUUGCUUUCAGGAAGACUUAAUUUUAAACAUUAUUUUGCCUAAACUAGCAUCCUGAUGCUUUCUAAAAAAUAUUUUGUAGACUUAUUUCACAGCAAAAUCUCCAAAUCUGUAUAGAAACUUACAAAAUUGGACUUACAUUGGCAACUGUUUUGUAAAGAAUUUGUGAACUGUGCAUAAAUCUUCUGAAUUUAAUAAAAAUUUAUUUUAGCCUAUUUUGAAGUGUUAACAUU